AUGGCGUCCGCGUUGUUCUUUCUGGAUCUGAAGGGCAAGACCCUCCUUGCGCGAAACUACCGUGGCGAUGUGCCCAUGUCAGCGGUUGAGAAGUUCCCUGUCCUGCUCUCCGAAGCCGAGGAAGAGUCUUCUGCAGUUCCCCCUUGCUUCUCGGACGAGGGGAUCAAUUAUCUCUAUAUCCGCCACUCCAACCUUUAUCUUCUUGCCUUGACGAAACGCAACACAAAUGCCGCCGAGAUCCUCCUGUUCCUCCACAAAAUCGUGGAAGUCUUUACAGAGUAUUUCAAAGAACUGGAGGAGGAAUCAAUACGAGACAACUUUGUGAUCAUCUAUGAGUUGUUGGAUGAGAUGAUGGACUUUGGAUACCCUCAGACGACCGAAUCGAAGAUCCUUCAGGAGUACAUCACCCAAGAAUCGCACAAACUCGAAGUUCAAGCCCGACCGCCUAUUGCCGUCACCAAUGCUGUAUCAUGGAGAAGUGAAGGCAUCAGAUACCGUAAAAACGAAGUCUUUCUGGACGUCAUUGAAUCCCUCAAUCUGUUGGUGUCUUCCACGGGCAGCGUUCUCCGAUCCGAGAUAUUGGGUGCCAUCAAAAUGAAAUGUUAUCUUUCAGGUAUGCCUGAACUUCGGUUGGGUUUGAACGACAAGGCUAUGUUUGAAUCAACAGGAAGGGCAACACGUGGUAAGGCCGUCGAGAUGGAGGAUGUCAAGUUUCACCAAUGUGUCAGGCUAUCAAGAUUCGAGAAUGACCGGACCAUCAGCUUUAUACCACCGGACGGAGAAUUUGAGCUUAUGAGCUAUCGUCUCAACACCGCGGUGAAGCCUUUGAUAUGGGUCGAGUGUGUUGUCGAGUCACAUUCUGGGUCCAGGAUCGAAUAUAUGCUCAAGGCCAGAGCACAGUUCAAACGGCGGUCGACAGCCAACAAUGUCGAAAUCAUCAUACCCGUGCCCGACGAUGCGGACUCACCGAGAUUCCGGACAAAUAUCGGUUCAGUGCACUACGCUCCCGAGAAGUCCGCCAUUGUCUGGAAGAUCAAACAAUUUGGCGGGGGAAAGGAGUUCUUGAUGCGAGCGGAGCUAGGACUCCCUAGUGUCAAGGGCGAUGAUGAGCGCGGUGGUGGGAUGACCGGCGGAUUUGGUGGUAGUAUGGGAGGCAUAACAGGCGAAGGCAAAGCGAAAAGACCUAUCAAUGUCAAAUUCGAAAUUCCUUAUUUCACGACCAGCGGAAUUCAGGUGAGAUAUUUGAAAAUCAUCGAACCAAAGUUGCAAUAUCCCUCGUUACCCUGGGUCAGAUAUAUCACUCAGUCCGGCGAUAUUGCGGUUCGAUUACCUGACGUACAAGGUUGA